CUCUCUAGACCACUGAGGGCGGUACAUAGUGCCCUAUGCACUCGCGUGGUGCUCAACCUUCGCAAGGCGGCGGCACGUAUGUCGGAUAUGUCCUUGGACGAUUUCACGAGGCAAACGACGCUUCAAUUCGACCACGCAGACACAUCUGGAGAUGCUGAAGAUCCCCUUUCGUACGAGCUCGGAGAGGUGGGGUAUUUUGACCAAAAAUGA